UAAAAAAAUAGCAGGUGACAAAACUUAAUUCAAUAUUUUAUGGGGUAUAAAUAGUAUUCCCAAUAACUUCUACAAAAUACCUAGACUGUUAUUUGUCUUAUAAUUUAUUACAUUUUUUUAAACUUUUCAUUAUUUAUACUGACUUAGGAUAUUGAUAAAACUUUAUGUAUAUAUUUUGAAAUACUAGAUCACAUGUAUAGAGGAUGUGUCAUGAAGAUAUGACAAAUCCAAUAACUUUUAAUCCAAUUAUUAUUUUAUUAAAUUUUUUUUUGAUAAAUUAUUGCCUUUUUAAACUACAUUUAAAGUAUAUUUGUGAUUAUUUACUUUUAAAUAGCGUUUUUCCAAUUAGUAUUUUUUUUUCUGUAAGUUGGUAGUAUUGUUAGUGAAAUCUGUGUCAAAUUUCACAUCAAAAUGUAUUCGUUAGUGUUUGAGGUAUGCUUCAUAAAGUGCUUAAAGUAAAUUCUGCAAUUUUUACUGUCUUUAUUGAACAAAGAAAUUGCAUUAAAUUUUGUUUGAGGAAUGGAAUUUUGGCUGCGGAAACCCUUUGGGGAUCAGACUCCGUCUUCAAAGAAUGUGGUAUCAAAUUGGCUAAAAACAUACUGAUGAACAUCCCAUCAAGCAAGUCAAAAAAAUGGUGGUUUUCAAUGAAGAAUUAGGCUUGAGAAGAGUCAAAUUUAAAAUGAUUCCAAAAUCAUUCAAUUUUUUUGAAAAAGGCCUUCUUGUUAGGAUCUGUGAAACAAUGCUUUCUGACUAUUAGGAUAUAAUGAAAUGCAAAAUAACUGAAGACAAGACUUGCAUCUACACUUACAGCCCCGAAACAACCGAUCAAUUGAGCAAAUUUUGUACUGAAACCAAAAAAAAUCAUGUCAAAGUCGCUCUUAAAUCAAGGUUAUAUUAACAGUUUUUUUUCAAUUAUUGUGGUUUGAUACAUUCUGAAUUCCUUCCGCCAAGCCAAAAUGUUAACAAGUCUUGGAUUUGUUGCACACGAUGCUGAUGAUUGGUUUAAAGCUGGGGAAGAUUAUGCACAUUUACUUUCACAGCUAGCCAAAAAUUAUGAUAGUCAACCUGUAACAGAAUCUGAUCUCAAUAGUAAAAAAUCUCUUGUUGAAAAUUCUUUAAAUUCUAGAUCAAGAGUUCAUUACCAUAAGUUUACUAAGGGGAAGGACUUAACAAAAUAUAAAAAUGAAGAGUUAGCUUGUAUAUUAGGUAAAGGCAAAAAAGAAGAACAGGUGUCCAAUUCUUUAAACAUGAAAGAAUACUUUAAAAUUAAAAGACAGUCUAAAGUUUUUAAUGGAAAUAAUGAGAAAAGUGAAAACAUAGUUGUUGAAAUAACGGAUGGAAAAGAUAGUGAAUGUGAUGAUAACAAUGGACGAAAGAAAAAAAAACAAAAACAUAAAAUUAUAUGUGAAUCCAGUAAUGAAUUAUGUUUAGAUAAUCAAGAAACUCCUUCAUUCAAUAAAAAACGAAAAUUUGAACAAAGUAUUACAUCUGAUGACACAACACAAGUAUUAGAUGAAGCAAACUUAGAAGUCUGUAAAAAAUUCAAAUCUAAUAAAAAAAAAAACGAGAAUAAAACUUCAAAAAUAGAACUUCCAAUAAAUAAACUUGAUUAUAAAAAUAAUGUAGAAUUUCAAGAUAUUAUUAGUUCAGAUGAAAAUCAAAACAAUAGCCAUAAAAAUAAUAAUAUUAGAGUAGAUAAUUUAGACAAAGGGUCAGAAUUAAGGUUUAAAAAAAAAAAGUCUAAAUCUAAAUUUAAUAAUGAAAUUCAUAUAGAAACAAAAGGUAAUGUAGAAUCUUCUGCCACUAAUGAUUUAGAAGUUAAUGGUGAUGAUGACACACAAUCUGUUCAAAACGACGAAUCUGUUAUAUGUAAUAACUCUGAAAAUCAUUCUAGUAAAGAGAAGACAAAAAAGUUAACUAAACUUAAUUUUACUAAAAAAUAUCAAACAUUAGUUGAUUCAAUUAUUGAAAAUAGCUCUGCUGGUAAAAAAUUUUGUAAGGAUACACCUCCAGAAUUUUAUAAGAAAGUUGAGCAUUUUAUUGAAAAAGUUAAAGAAGAACCUGGGUCGACAGAUACUUUUACUCCUGUUGAGGAAGUUAAAUCAUCUACUAAAGAAAAAUUAUACAAAGAAGGUGAACUCAAAAAUUUAAAUCCUGAGGAUAAAAAUUUUAUUAAUGAUUUUGAAUCUCAGAAAAGUAAACUUCUGAAAAAAAAACUAACACUUCAACAAACCCCAAAAUCUAUUAAUGACAAAGCAAUUUUUGUUGCUAAAUAUAGUGAUCUAUUAUUUUUUGGAAGCAAUAUCAAUGAAAUAAAAGGAUAUGGAGAAUUCUGAAAUUAUUAGAAAUAAUAUAAAGUUUUAUAAAUUUUUAAAUAAAAUUAUGUACAUGACACA